CCCUUGAUCCGGAAGCAGUCUGCGCCGUGACACCAUGGCACCAUCCGCACCGGGAGGAAACAAGAUGGCCGUCACUUACUGAGGGCCCGAGAGAUCUAGUGAGUUAUAGGAGAAAUCGGGACGGACCGGGGAAGUCAGUGUGACACGCCGCUAUCCGGGUACGGGCAGAACCUGAACAACAAGCAAAACAUGGACGACUUCAGCUCGAUCAGCCUCCUGUCCCUGGCCAUGUUGGUGGGGUGCUAUGUGGCAGGAAUCAUUCCUCUCGCCGUUAAUUUUUCAGAGGAGCGUUUGAAGCUGGUGACCGUUCUGGGUGCUGGUCUUCUCUGUGGAACUGCUUUGGCAGUCAUCGUGCCCGAGGGGGUCCAUGCUCUCUAUGAAGAAAUACUGGAAGCGAAACACCAUGAAGUAGGAGAGAUCCAGAAGCUGAAAGAUGGAGAGACGGGGCCUGAGAUCUCCACCGCGCACGAGCAUGAUCACUCUCGACUACAUGCCUACAUUGGCAUAUCCUUGGUGCUGGGGUUUGUCUUCAUGCUGCUGGUAGAUCAGAUUGGCAGCUCCCAUAUGCAUUCUACCGAUGAUCCAGAAGCAGCAAGAGCGGCUAGUUCCAAAAUCACAACAACUCUUGGGCUUGUGGUCCAUGCUGCAGCCGACGGUGUUGCCCUGGGUGCUGCUGCUUCAACGUCCCAGACCAGCGUUCAGCUUAUUGUGUUUGUGGCUAUUAUGUUGCACAAGGCUCCGGCUGCGUUUGGCUUGGUGUCGUUCCUCAUGCACGCUGGCCUAGAGCGGAAUCGCAUUCGGAAGCACUUGCUGGUAUUUGCCUUGGCAGCUCCUGUGCUGUCAAUGUUGACUUAUGUGGGGCUGAGCAAGAGCAGUAAAGAGGCUCUCUCUGAAGUAAAUGCCACCGGGGUCGCCAUGCUUUUCUCGGCUGGGACUUUUCUGUAUGUUGCUACGGUCCACGUACUCCCGGAGGUGGGAGGCAUGGGUCACAGCCACAAGUCGGAAGGAGGCGCCGCCAAAGGACUGACCCGUACAGAGGUGGCGGCUCUGGUUUUUGGGUGUCUAAUACCGCUCGUGUUAUCCAUAGGACAUCAGCACUGAACUGGUGAACAGGGGAUGGCGUGCCAAUAAAGUUCAGGACUCUUAAUUAAGCGGGACAGAUCUGAGGACGUCUUCAGGGAAAAUCCUGGUAUCUGUUUAAAUUUGUAUAACCUAUUGUGUAGUCAAAAUGACUGUAAAUGGGAUCAGAAAAUUCUGGUGGGUUGCUUUUAAUUGUGUUGCCUUUUAGAGGCAGCCAGACUUUAAAUAUGUCUGUACGUGCAUACAUUCUUAAUUGUUCAUUUGUUUUAACGGAUUGAUGGAUGGAUUGCCUUAGAAAAGGUACGUUUAGGCUGACUUCGUGAACCAGCUUUGUCUGACCUUUUCACGGCUGGGCAGCAAUUUUUGUUUUUCUAAGCUCCUGUUGAAAAGAAUGAUGUGACUUCAUAAAAGAGACUACAGGUCUCUCGCAUAGACAGGGGCCGUAGAAAUGUCCUUAUGGACCAACGUAGCUUUCAAUGUGUAAACAGUUGCUUUUUUUUCCCCUAAAGAAAUGCCUGUUUACCUGAAAAAAAAACCUUAUAUGUUUGACUGGAAGUUCAAAAUUUGACUGUUUAAAGAAAGUUGAUAGAAAAUGUCGAUUAUCAUGCAAUGUCUGAUGUGGACCAAAAAGUAGAGCGGCUACCGCAUGGUGAAUCAUCUACGUCUUGGUGAAUCAGGAUGGAACAGCGAUAACUGAAAUGACCAAUUGGACUCAACGAGUCAUCGAUCUGUCCUGGGUUUGGAGACGAGGUUUUCCAAGACCCGUCACGGAUGGAAAAGGUGGAAGUCAGCGCGUUACGCUGUUACGUGACUGCUGUCAUCUUCUGUACCUUGAUAUAGUGGAGAUCAUGAACCAUGCAGCGCUAGAGUAGGGGGUAGGACACUCAGCCUGUGUUUCUAACUGGACAUUAAUAAAGAAAAUAAAA